CUUUUGAUGUGUGUAUGUAUGUGCAUUCCGUUUUUUUAGACACUUUAUGUAUCUCAGAAGAAAAUUGAAAUGGAUGAACCAUUUGAAGUGGAGAAUGAUGAGGAGGAUGACGAUGACAAUGACAAUGACGGUGACACUGAUAUGAAGGAUACUGAGAAAAAAGUAGAGUUACAACAAAUAAAGAUGAGAAUAGAUGAAGAAGAGAACCAGAUUGAUAAUGUCAUAUCUGAUUCUCAAUCUGAAUUGAAUAAAUGUUUCGAUUCUAGUUGUCAAUCAACUUCUUCCAGUAUUUCUACUACUACAACAACUACUACCACUACUACUGAGAACAUGAAAAUUGUCAUUGAUAAUGUUAGUGCUGUAGACAAUUCCAAUAUAACCAUAAGUAGUGAACAAAACGUGGAAGAAACCGAACUGGAAACUGAAUUUUUUGUUGAUAAAAAUCAACCUGUCAAAGUGUUAGGUCCAACUAUGCUUUCAUCUCAAUCUCAUAAACCUCUCGUUAGUAAGAUAACUGAAGCUUAUCCAGUAAAUGAUCCGGACGAUUAUGUUGAAUGGUUUCCUCCAUCAGAUCAAGUCGGGGAUGGUAUCACUUCUCUGAAUGCUAAAUAUGGAUAUUGAAUGCAUGAAAAUAAUUUUUUUUAUAACGAUGUAAUUCAGAUUUCGCCUUAAUUAACCAUAGUUUAUGAAUGAUAUUUUGUAAACUAUGAAGCAAUUCUUUGUAAAUGUUUUGUACAUACAAUCUUUGUAUUUCUAACCAAACUUUUGAGCA